AUGGAUACCCUAGAAGAUUUUGAUGGAGUUAGCAAAGGAAAAUACACGAUUGGACUCGGACAAGAUUGCAUGGCAUUUUGUUCAGAGGUUGAAGAUGUCAUCUCUAUGGGAUUGACAGCUGUCACAUCACUAUUAGAGAAGUAUGAAAUCGACCCAAAACAAAUCGGUCGCCUUGAAGUCGGUAGUGAAACUGUCAUAGACAAGAGCAAAUCCAUCAAGACCUUCCUGAUGCAAAUCUUUGAGGAAUGUGGAAACACAGACAUUGAAGGUGUGGAUUCAACCAAUGCAUGCUAUGGUGGAACUGCAGCAUUAUUCAACUGUGUGAAUUGGGUGGAAAGCAGUUCAUGGGAUGGCAGGUAUGGAUUAGUUGUCUCCACAGACAGUGCGGUCUAUGCUGAGGGGGCUGCCCGACCAACAGGAGGGGCAGACCUUGCAAGUGAAUAUCCAGUUGUUGAUGGGAAACUCUCCCAAACUUGUUAUCUCAUGGCUCUUGAUUCUUGCUACAAGGGAUACUGUCAAAAGUAUGAGAAACUUCAAGGGAAACAGUUUUCAAUGGCGGAUGCUGAUUUUUUUGUGUUUCACAGUCCGUAUAACAAGCUUGUACAGAAGAGUUUUGCUCGUUUGGUGUUCGAUGAUGUUGCCAGAAAUGUCAGCUCUGUUGAUGAGUCUGCUAAGGAGAAGCUAGGUCAAUUCACGUCUCUAAAGGGCGACGAGAGCUACCAAAGCCGUGAUCUUGAAAAGGCAGCCCAGCAAGUGGCAAAACCAGAUUAUGAUAAAAAAGUGAAGCCGGCAACUUUGAUCCCCAAGCAACUGGGAAACAUGUACACUGCAUCUAUUUAUGCUGCUUUUGCUUCUCUCAUUCACAACAAGAGUGACUCUUUGGAUGGGAACCGUGUAAUGAUGUUCUCAUACGGGAGUGGAUUAUCUGCUACAAUGUUUUCGCUACAUCUUAGCGAGGGAAAAGCACCUUUUAGUUUAUCAAACAUCGCAAAGGUCCUGAAUAUUGACCAUAAGUUAAAGACCAGGACAGAGGUUGUGCCAGAAAAAUUUGUGGAAUUGAUGCACUUGAUGGAGCACAGAUAUGGUGGGAAGGACUUUGUGACAAGCAAGGACACUAGUCAUUUGGCUCCAGGCACUUACUAUUUGACUGAGGUUGACUCCAAGUACAGGAGAUUUUAUGCCAAGAAGACAACCGAGUUGGCUAAUGGUCACUGAAGAGUGACAACCGGCAACUCAGUUAAUUAUUUAAAGGUUUUAGCUCUACAAGUAUGGUUUUGGUAAGGGGUGAUGUUGUAAGAGCACAUAAUAAUUUGCUUCUAUUUAUUUAAGUUUGUUACUUGAGAACUAAUGUCAAUUCUUAAGGAAUGUAUUUUUAAUCUAUCUUAUUAAUAAAAAUUUAUGAUUAUUCAUAUUUAUAUAAUCUGUAAUCAUAUUUUAUAGGAAUGUUAAACCAGUUAUUUAUAUAGUUG